AUGGCUGGAACCAGUCCUGUGCUGAAAUGGGGCAGCAUCUUCCUCCUCACGUCCAUUGGAUACCUUACCCUCAAACUUUACCAGCAGCGGGUCUUUUUUUGGCGGACGGUCAAAAGUACAACCUCGUGGCCGACGCUACCUGAUCACUCAUGGCUACUCGGUAAUCUCAUCGCCGUGGGCAAAAUCAUGGCCAAGUAUCCUAAAGAUGCCCACGGCCAAUUGAUGCCAGAUUUCCUUGCUCGAGACUACCCUGAAGUUGUGGAGCUGGGUCUAUGUUACAUCGAUCUGUGGCCCAUCUCAUGGCCCAUGCUUGCCACCUUUCAUCCUGAUAUCUUCUGUCCUGUCUGGAAAAAAUGGCGAGCGACCUUUAAUCCCGGAUUUUCGACACAAGACAUCACUGCCCUUGUGCCUGAGUUCAUUGAAAAGGUAUUGAUUUGGAAGAGAUACCUGCAAGAGAUUGCUAAAAAUGGACGUAUUGUCCCACUUGAAGAUUGUGUCAUGAAGGCUACUUGCGAUAUCAUCGGUCGUUCUGUCUUGGGUAUAAGUCUGGGCCCUGAAACAGGCGUUGACGAUAAGAUAUUCCCGACACUCAAAAGUGCAAUCUCACUACUCGCCACGGGCUGGUCGCCACAUCAAUGGGGUAGACUUCUGAAUCCUUUCCGCCACUCUCGUCUCUCGUCUCUAAACCGCCAACUUCGCAGUCAACUGCAGCCACUGGUAGAAGCUCAACUUCAAAAUCACGAGCGCAACGAAGGUCCAAAGACGGUGAAUGGUCUCGCCAUUAGAACGUAUUUGAAGGAACAUGGCUCGGGAAGCACUUCAAGUGGCACCAUUGACAUAGAAUUUCUGGAUGUCACCAUUGAGAACCUGAAGAUCUUUCUCUUUGUUGGCCAUGACACCACUGCAUCCACUCUCUGA